UCCCGUCUCCAGCGUUUUCAUUAAUAACUUAGUUGCGUAAACAGGCCACAUACACAACUUCAGCUGGGAGCCGUUGCUUGGACACGAUGCAACUCGGGCUCCUGUUUGUGUUCUUGUUUUUUUACCAGCGAGCAGCUCCCGAAAACAUACUGAUCUGGUCAGCGGAGGGAAGCCACUGGAUCAAUGCAAAAUCUAUUAUCAAUGAACUGAUCGCCCGGGGUCACAAUGUCACGGUGGUUGUAAAUUCAGCCGCACAUUUCGUCAACUACACCGAGCCCUCACCCGUACAGUUUGAAGUAUUUGAGGUGCCGUUUACCAUAGUGGAUAACGAUGCCAUCUUCAAUGAUGUAGUAGAAUUCUGGAUAAACGAGAAGCCUUUCCUGUCCCACUGGGGUGCCUACAGAAAAUUUUCAAAGAUCAUGGAAAAUGCUAUGAAAAUAAUGCGAGAGAUCUGUGACGGGGUAUUAAAGAACGACAAACUGCUGGAGAGACUGCGGGAGUCCGCGUUCAAAGUGCUGUUCAGUGAUCCUGUCUUUUACUGUGGAGAUCUUCUGGCCGUGAAGCUGGGCAUUCCCUUUAUCUUCAGUCUGAGAUACUCCCCGGGGUUUGUUGCGGAGAGACUCUGCGGGCAGCUGCCUGUUCCUCCUUCCUAUGUACCGACUUCUCUGUCAGAGUUUUCUGAUAAGAUGUCUUUUCCGGAGAGAGUUCAGAAUGUGUUUUACACUUUUAUGUAUCAGUGGAUAGUUGAAGAAAUAUGGUCCCAUUGGAAUUCGUAUUACAGUGAGGUUUUAGGUGAACCAACAACUUUGUGUGAGACAAUGGGCAAGGCAGACAUUUGGCUGAUUCGAACAUAUUGGGAUUUUGAAUUUCCUCGUCCACUGCUGCCCAAUUUUGUGUUUGUAGGAGGGCUUCACUGUCGGCCAGCAAAUCCCCUGCCUCAGGAGAUGGAAGAAUUUGUUCAGAGCUCAGGGGAGCAUGGGAUUGUGAUAUUUUCCCUGGGUUCCUUGGUAAGGAACCUUACCGAUGAAAAAGCCAAUUUACUUGCUGAAGCACUUGGGCAAAUUCCACAAAAGGUUUGUUUACUUUUAAAUUCUGCAUCCAGAUUUUGUCAAAGUGAGAUUAAAACUGGGAAAAUGAAGCUAAAACCCAGCGUGUUUGAUCCGGAUGAUAAUGUGAUUAACUGGAUCAGCAAAUUUGCAGAUGGCGCCAAGACUGGGAAUGUAGUGGACAGUGAGGAAGGCUAUCAAAACUUGCAGAGCAAUCUGUCUGGAUUCAUAAUUGUUUGGUGA